UGCGCGGGAGGGCGGCCGACGUCGAGCCCUGCGCCGCGCCCUGCUCGUGUCGCCGCGGCCUGCUGGACUGCAGCCGGCAGCGCCUGCCGCCCGGGUCCGGCCCGCGGAGGAUCGCACCGCUGCCCGCCGGCAUCACGGCGAUGGAUUUAAGUCACAAUCAUAUUUUGUCAUCCAACUGGAGCAUGGAUUUGUCUGCUCACAUUCUGCAAGAAGUGAAAAUGAAUUACAAUGAACUGAGUGAAAUUCCAUAUUUUGGAGAAACGACUUCUAAUAUCACCCUGCUCUCACUGGUGCACAAUGCCAUUCCAGAAAUAAAUGCUGAGCAGCUCCAAGUUUACCUUUCAUUGGAAAAUCUGGAUCUGAGUUCCAAUCUUAUCUCAGAAAUUAAAGCUGCUUCUUUUCCACGGAUGCAACUGAAGUACCUGAAUCUGAGUAACAACAGAAUCAGCACCCUAGAAGCAGGCUGUCUCGAUAAUUUAUCUAGCUCUCUCGUAGUGCUGAAGCUGAACAGAAAUAGGAUUAGUGUGAUUCCACCAAAGAUCUUCAAAUUGCCUCACGUGCAGUUUCUGGAACUGAAAAGGAACCGGAUUAAAAUUGUGGAAAGUCUUACAUUCCAAGGCCUGGAGUCCCUAAAAUCCUUAAAAAUGCAGCGCAAUGGGAUUAGCAGACUCAUGGAUGGAGCAUUCUUUGGCCUCAACAGUAUAGAAGAACUAGAACUGGAACAUAAUAACUUGACAGAAGUAAACAAGGGCUGGCUGUAUGGUCUGCGGACACUGCAACAACUCUUCGUGAGCCAGAAUGCCAUUAACAAGAUCAGCCCAGAUGCGUGGGAGUUCUGCCAAAGACUUGCUGAGCUAGACCUGUCAUACAACCAGCUAACUCGCCUCAGGGAAUCUGCCUUCGUGGGACUUGGUUUGCUGGAGAAUCUGAACUUGGGAGACAAUCGCAUCAGUCACAUUGCUGAUGGUGUCUUCAGAGGUCUGACAAACCUUCGAACCUUGGACUUGGGGAACAAUGAGAUCUCCUGGGCCAUAGAGGAUGCGAAUGAAGCAUUCGUGGGACUCAGCAGGCUGGAUAAGCUAAUCUUGCAAGGAAAUCAGAUUAAAUCAAUUACGAAGAAAGCAUUCUCUGGUCUUGAAGGACUUGAACAUCUAGAUUUAAGCAACAACGCAGUAAUGUCCAUCCAAGAAAAUGCAUUUGCCCAGGCUCAACUGAAGGAGCUGAUUUUGAACACUAGCAGCUUGCUCUGUGAUUGCCAGCUGAAGUGGCUGCCACAGUGGCUCACUGACAGUCACUUACAGCAGGCUGUGAACGUCAGCUGUGCUCACCCUGAGUGGUUGGCAGGGCAAAGCCUGUUCAGCGUGGACCCCAAUGACUUCGUCUGCGAUAAUUUCCCUAAACCACAGAUACGAGUACAUCCUGAGACCACGAUUGCUCUGCGUGGCAUGAAUGUGACUCUGACCUGCACUGCUGUGAGCAGCAGUGAUUCACCCAUGUCCACAGCCUGGCGUAAGGACAGCGAAGUGCUGUAUGAUGCAGAGGUUGAGAAUUUUGCCAGGUAUCAGCAGCAGAAUGGUGAGGUUGUUGAGUACACCACUGUCCUGCACCUUUUCAACGUGAAUUUCACUGAUGAAGGAAAAUAUCAGUGCAUUGUCACCAAUCACUUUGGCUCCAACUAUUCUGACAAAGCCAAGCUGACCGUUAAUGAGCUGCCUUCCUUCCUGAAGACCCCCAUGGAUCUUACAAUCCGCACUGGGGCUAUGGCCCGACUGGAGUGUGCUGCAGAGGGUCACCCCACCCCUCAGAUCUCCUGGCAGAAAGAUGGUGGCACAGACUUCCCUGCUGCACGAGAGAGGAGAAUGCAUGUCAUGCCUGAGGAUGACGUGUUCUUUAUUGCAAAUGUGAAAAUAGAAGACAUGGGCAUCUAUAGCUGUAUGGCACAAAACGCUGCUGGUGGUUUGUCAGCAAAUGCUACACUGACUGUGUUAGAAACUCCUUCCUUUAUUAGGCCCUUGGAAGACAGAACAGUAACCAGAGGUGAAACUGCAGUCCUGCAGUGCAUAGCUGGUGGCAGCCCUGCCCCUCGCCUCAACUGGACUAAAGAUGAUGGACCUUUGGCAGUCACAGAGAGGCAUUUUUUUGCUGCAGCCAAUCAGCUCCUCAUCAUCGUGGAUGCUGGGCUCGAGGAUGCUGGAAAGUACACAUGCAUUAUGUCCAACACACUGGGCACUGAGCGUGGGCACAUUUAUCUCAAUGUGCUGGCUUCCCCCAACUGUGACUCCUCCCAAAAUGGCAUUAUCCAUGAGGAAGAUGGUUGGACAACAGUAGGUGUUGUGAUUAUUGUUGUGGUUUGCUGCGUUGUGGGAACUUCCCUGGUAUGGGUUAUUGUGAUCUACCACAUGAGAAGGAAGAGUGAAGAUUAUAGCAUCACUAAUACAGAGGAGAUGAACCUACCUGCUGACAUUCCCAGUUAUUUAUCCUCCCAAGGAACGCUGUCAGAGCCUCAGGAAGGAUACAGCAACUCAGAGGCAGGAAGCCAUCAGCAGCUCAUGCCUCCAGCCAGUAGCUACGUGCACAAAAGCACAGAUGGUGGCACAGCACCAUUGGUGAUCUGCUCAGACUGUUACGACAACGCAAACAUCUACUCCAGGACACGAGAGUACUGUCCCUACUCCUACAUCACAGAAGAGGAUCCCCUGGAUCAAACUCUCCCUAAUCUCAUGGUGCAGAUGCCAAAGGAAACAUACCCAGCACACACCCAGCAUGAAACCAGUGCUCUUGAUAAUGUUUUUGGAGACAGAGACAUGUCUGUCUUCCUUACCAGUCACGACAGAAUAAGUGAGAAGAAAAUCUCUUCCCAACAGAUUAAUGAACCCUUUCAGCUUCCCUUAUGGGCAGUAAACAAAGACCUGGCGCUCUCCCACUCGCACUUUCUGCAUCAGCAAUCAGCUCGUGAGGCCCCGCGACCUCUUCGAACUGAGGGUAUCAUUGACAAUGAGAGGGAGCAAGCUGCUUCACCCAGACCCUUCCACAGGUUACGUGAGCAUAACUUUGAUUUUAAUAGGACACGGAACAUUCGUGACUACAGCGAAACCACGUAAGGCACGAAAAUGAAGUCUUGGAAAGCAAAUCCGUAUCAGCUGACUUGUAUUUACUACCUCAGGACUAACCUUUAGGCCAAAGAUGCUUUAGAACGUGUGUCUGCAAUUCCAGGCUGCCUGAGCUGAGACAGACCCCCUAGGAGGAGGUGGCACUGCCCUUUUUGCUUGGAUUCAUAUGUGCUGGAACGUGGGACAGAACACACAGUGAUUAGUGACUAGCAUUACAACAUGGAUUUUCUGAUGUUGGGAACAGCCUUUGUGUUGGUGCAUGCUUUGAAAAUCUCUCAAGAAUGCAUAGCUAUUUCACACCACAUUGUCUGCUUAAAAACAAAUGUUCAAGGCCUCCUCAUGGAAUUCCCCAGUAAUUGUAAGCAUAAAACUUUUGGCCAGCUUUUUGUUCCUCAGUCUGUUGGCAGGCGUUUGUUACCAGUCUCACUGUGGGGCUGUUUUUCCCUAUGAAAAAACAAACUCUAGUUGUAAAUAAAGUUGCAUUUAUAAAUAUUUUGUACACACUAAGCAUAUAAAUGCCUUGGCUGUAAUGUAAAUAUAUUUUUUAUUAUGCCAAAGUAUGUAUUAUACUGUUGGUCUUGACAGCUGCAUAUCAAGUCGUAAUUUGUUAUGUGGGAUUGAAAGCUCGUUUCUGAAGGGAUAAAGGUGACUUUGUUUUGGAAAGAAGUGAAUUACCAUAGGUACGUAGUGAAACUGUGAUACUGAUGAAUUUCAUUGUUGCAUACAACUCUGUGUGCAUUAAGCUUGGCUGACCUGCCUGCAAGCUGAUCCGUUUCGUUAGCAGAAUUCCAAGUCUGAUCCGUUUAUGUAUUGAGUCCUUAAAUUUCUGUAUUAGGCAGCCUGUCUUUUCCAGUAGAGCAUAAAGCCCAACAGGCCCUGCUAGCCUGCUCCAGCCUCCAAUGUUAUCCAGCUUCUCAGGAGUUUCUGUAAUAACAAACAAGAACGGUCUGGCAUUAGGUGGGAUGGUUGGUGGCCCUGCGUGUGGCAGGGGGGUUGGAGAUUCAUGAUCCUUGAGGUCCCUUCCAACCCUGGCAAUUCUGUGAUACACAAACCAGUUUUCAUCUGUUAAGAUAGCUCUAAGAUGGAACCUCAGAGUGGUUUGGUUCAGAAGUUUAUGUAAAGUUCUGUCUUUAAAAAGCCUUUGUGUUGUGCUGUUGCAGGGAGGCACGGGUGUAUCUUUCAUAGCUGACAGUUAAACGAACUUCUGAAAGGAAUGCCUUGAUGAAAGGCACAGGGUAAGUUGGAAAAGCAUGUGAUGGAUGCUCCAUGAAAUCCAGAAUGGAUUUUCUGUUUCCUCUGCGCUGCCAGGAAGCACGUGGGCUUUUUCUUUUAUAAAAGAGCAGCAGGAUUCUUGCUUUGUUGAACUCUCUAACGGUUCUGUAGGCCACAGAGUGGUCAAGAUGUGUGAGUAUUUGACAGGUGAGCUAUUAAACAGUACAGGGGAGAACCACUAUUGAAAAUCCAGUCCUUGCUGGGAGAAAUAGAGGAAGUGCAGAAGCUUCACUGGUUACAGUGGGGCAUGCCUGACAGAAUGAGGAGGAAGAACAUUACAAAGACUUGUUCUGAAGAGUUGUUCUUCUGGGAAAACACAUCAAUGUGUACGAGGUGUUAUGGUCCCAUCAGUGAUGGGUUUUCAGCAGGAGGUUGCACUCAGAGCUUGGAGUGCUUCAAUGCCUGAAGAGCUCGGGGCUUUCUCAGUCACUGCUCUGCUUUCUCCAAGCCAUGGGCUACGUACCAAAGUGAAAACAGCUGCAUGGUGUAUCUGUAAAGACAAAAACCUUCCUGGGGCAGCCCAAGCUUGGUAUGUUGGGAUUCCCACUGCUCCAUUCCUGGGCAGUGUGUGACUGAGGUAUCUGAUGCAGUCAUGCAAAAUCACAGCUGAAACUUUGGAGACUGGGGAAUAGUUAAGUAAAAGAGCCAGGAAAUGCUGGGAAAAAUAUUUUCCCACGUCUCUUUGGGCCUGAAUAGUAGAUGUAUGUAAAUGGGCAGAUGUUACUGAGGGCUCUUACCUUUGUUUUGAAAGCAACAGCAGUUGCCUUGGUAGCCAGCAGCUUCAGUAGGAAGAGGAUCUAAUUGUCUUUGACCUUUGUAUAAAGUGAGGAAAGAGGUGUGUUAAACUCUCCUUGGCCUCUGACAGCUCAACUAUUUUAAGGACUUGCACAUAACAUACGAGGAAUUAUAUGUUUGUUUCUUUCUGGUUUUGCUUUCUCCAGGCUUUUCCCUUCCAGACAGCAUUGAAGACCUUGUGGUUAUUUUCUAUCCAAACUUGUUUCUGUUGCAGGAGCUGUCAGUUUAAAUUCAAAUGAGAAAGGUCAGGUCAUAAAACUACAGCAGCAGCAAAGAGUUUCCUGUUGGACUGCUGGCUGCAGCUAUUCACACAUGCUGAUGUGGCAGAGCUCUGCUUAGCACGAGCAGGAAAGCAGCAUCCCUGCUGCUGUUGCUUGAUCUGCCAUCAUCCUUUGGUAAAUGUUGAAGUUCUCCUUCCAUUCCUCUCUCCUUUGGGUUAAGCUAACACAGGUUUCUCAGCUGUCUCGGUGCAGCUGUUGAUGUUGGUGUGCAUGAGGGGCACCCAGAGCUGAAGUGCUCUUAAUGCACAGCUUUGCAGUACGACCAGAUUCACACGAGGUUGGCAAGAUGUGGUUAGCCAGGAGCAAAGCUUUAACAUUGUGCACCAGAACAAGCUGAAGCCUGAGCUCUGAAAUGCAUUUAGGAGGUAAAGCUGCACUGAUUUCUAGACUAAUUGACCUAUAAAAGCUGCCAUCAUGAAUUAGGACAUUGGCAUCCUUGCACAAAUGGAAUCUCUGUGAAGGCCAUAAGCUGGUUGUGAAUAGCUGAAGCUUGCAGGUAGGUGAACACCUCGCAGUACUUAGCAUUGUGGAAACACUUCCUUGGAAGGCCUGCACAUGAAGAUCAGGGGUCUCUUCCUAAGCCUUUUCUCCAUGACGUACAGACAGUGCAGUGGCCAUUCUGAUUUCAGUAAACACAGUUUCUUCAAUCAAUGCCAAAGUACUCAUGGUAGGGAAUGGGGGGCAGUGUGAUCAAAGCUGCUCUGCUUCCCUAUUGCUAUCUCCUAUUAUUUUUUUUUCCCUCACAUAAGAAUGUAUAUUUUGUACAGAAUGUGUAAUAUAUGUUUGUCUAUUGUAUUAUACCUUCAAUAAAAUGCUGUGUACACUGAGUAUCCAUUGUAAUUUUCAUUAGUUUGCAGAUUAAAUAAUGUAUUGUUAUUGAAUGAUAUUUAAUUUUUAUAGGGAAGAAAAUAAAGUCAACUUCAUAAGUGAGUUUCAGGUGGGAUUCUGAUCUU